ACGUCACGGCCUGAGUCACGUGGCGCGAGCCGCGUGAGGUCGGAGGUCGCGCGGGCCGUCGUGGCCAGCCCAAGGCUGCAGGUGGCCGCCGGCGUCUCCGCCGCGCUCUCUCCACUGCUGGACGCGCCUCGCCUCCUGCCCACCGCACCGGGCCUGCAGCGCUACCCCCCCCACCCGAGGCGAGGCGGCGCGGGCGGCCAUGACGUUCCUCAGCGUGGCGGAGCGCGUGUUCUGCGUGCGGGCCUACUACGAGGGCGGCCGCUCGCUCAAGGCCGCGCGGCGCGCCUUCGCCGUCCGCUACUCCGCGCGGCGCCCGCCCUCGGCCAAGACCGUCUGGAAGGUCGUGCGCAAGUUCGAGGCCCACGGCAGCGUGUGCGACCGCCGCGCGGGCCGCUCGGGCCGCCCGCCGAUGGCCGCGACCCCCGGGGAGGAGCGCCGCGGCACGCCGCUCCUCCCGGGGCCGCGGCGUGCCGUCGCCGAAGCCGCCGAGCAGCUCGGGGUCUCCCUCUCGUCGGCAUACCGACUCUCCCGGAGACUCUGUGAAGAGGGCAGCGGGAUGCUGGAGCGAGAGGAGGAACUGGCACCCAGGGAAUCGCCGGAGCGAAGGAGCGCACCGGGGCAGCAGCGCACGGAGCAGCAGGAGCAGCAGCAGCAGGAGGAGGAGCAGCAGCAGCAGGUGGAGCAGCAGGAGGAGGAGCUAAUGGAGCAGCCGCCGCCCUCCCCGUGCCGGGAGCCGGCGCCGGGGGGAGCCGCGGAGGCCGCCGGGGCCCCCCGCUACUCGGUGGACGGGCCGGGGCAGGGAGCGAGGCCCUCAGAGUGCGAGGAGGAGGAGGGGGUCGGGCCCUGGGAAGUGGUGCGGAUGGUGGGGGGAGGUAAUCCGGGAGGCACGGGGAGCCAAGGACGGGGCAGUGGGAGGGUAGGGACUGGGAGGAGAGGGAGGAGCGCCAUCCUGUUGUCAUCGUGCCCGUGA